AUGGCCCUCCGUCAUCCGAGCAAGCCGCGAAUUCUGUGGAUCGAUGCCAUCUGCAUCAACCAGGACGACAACGACGACAAGAACUACCAGGUUCCGCUGAUGGAGACCAUCUACACGCACGCAACCGUCGUCGACAUCUGGCUUGGUCCGGAGGAGUCACCAGCGCCCUUGGCCAAGUCAGUCUUUGACGUGCUCGGCAAGUCAAGUCUCUCCGGGGAUGACGAGCGGCCUGAGCUGAAGACGACCAAUGGCCUUUUCGGAGCGGCCAUACUGGACCGCAUCUGGGUCAUCCAGGAGGCCACCUUUGCGAGAAGGAUCCACGUCUACUGCGGCAGCAGACAGGUGCAGUGGGAUCUGCUCCGGAAUCACCUCCGCGCCCUGGAGGAGGACCACAAAGACCAAUUUAGUAGUAUCCCGGAGGAGAAUAUAUCCACAGACCCGGAAGAGGACAGGUUGGCUGCCGGCUUUUCAGACAUCUUCCGCAGCCAAUUCGCCACCCUCCUCAAGAACGGCAUGUCUAGGGGCGUGGAGAAGAAUAGGCGCCCGCUGGUUGAUCUCUUGCACGACUAUUGGCGGAAUGCCUGCGGAGAUCCCAGGGACAAAGUCUACGGGCUGUUUAGCCUCGCCAGCGAUGUGUCAGGGGGCGCGGGUGGUAUGCCGCUUCGCUAUGGUCAGCCUCUCGCCUUUGUGUACUUGGAUGUGCUGCACUUUGCCUUGGUCAACCGCCACGGCGGGGUCAACUGGGCCACAUUGGCUGCUCUGAGUAACCGGAUGCAGAGGGCCUUCGGCUCGGGUCCCAAUGGCGACGUUUCGCGCGAGCUUCACACCUCAAGACACCCGCAAAGCCAGGACGCAAACUUCGUCGCUAACAGGCCCUUCUGCGUCUCCCUCUUCAAACCAUCACCGAUCUUCAAAUUUGGGCCAGCGCUGGGCGAGUACCGAAAAGAUCCCGGAAGUUUCGAACUUGGCCUGAUCUUGGAGCAGCGGGUGCACCCGUUUCAGAUGUAUGACUAUCAGGUCAACGAAGUCUUGCAGUCGGCGCCGUGGAAUGCGAUGCGCACGCUCGAUUACCAUGUCAGAGAACAGGGGGCAGAGCAGCAGCAGCAGCCGCCGCGCAUCGUGUUCAACUACUGCUAUCAUGCCGGUCAAGACGAAGACGACAAAGAAGCCAACUCCAGAUUGCGGGGAGUGUUGCAUCCACUGGGCCGCCCUUCCCACCCAGUAACAAUACCAGAAACAGCACUGAACGGCGCUGACCCCUCGCAGUCGUGGGACAAAUACCGGCUCUUCUCCGUCCAGGGGGUUGUGGGAUUGGUCUUGGGCAUCAUCACGGACCAGGCUGAGGACGGCGACUACCUGGCCUGGCUAGACGGAUGCUACUCGGCCGUUGUGUUGCGGCGUGAGGCGUCGGGAGGCAAGUUUGUGCUCGUCGGGCGCGCCAUCGUCUGUCCAAACCACGGGCUUGACCCGCGGCUCAACCUCGUGGGACCGUCGGAGAGCCCGGUGCUGCAGUGCCGCGAUGUGCCCUUGGAUGUUUUUCAAGUGGUUACAAAUUGGUACGAAGUCGGCGAUGGCACCAAGUACAACCGGAAGAGGGCAUGGCAGGCCUGGAACGCUUACUUCAUCGACGUUGUUGGGAUCGACCCUAACAACAUUUGGUAUGACUUGUGCCGAAACGAUGAGGAUGCAAAAUCAUAUUGUCAGACAUUCCUCCAAGCGUACACCGAAGACUCCGAAUACCUUUGCCCAACUCUAGGACCAGAGGAAUACAAGUGGAUACGAGGCAUUGACUCCGCUGCCUCAAUUCUAAAUGUGUGGAAGUCACUUAUUACAACGGUCGACACCACAAUCCUGCAGGAAAAGAGAAAGGAAAGCCCUGAGGAACAACUCCUGCGGACACUAAAGCAUACCGAUCUAAAAACCACAGGGGACAGGCCAGUACAUGAGGUCACUAAGCUGCUCCAGCCUCUCCUCCGCCGCGACUAUGUUAUCCGGCACUCUAUUGCCCACAAAGUCCCUCUCUCGCGCCUUGGACAGGAGCCUGAUGCCAUCCAGCGACGGGCACCGCGACAGUUGCGCGUACAAGCUAUACGGGUCGUAUUGCGUGGGACCCUAGCCACUACCCUACUCGACUAA